CCUCCCUCCCCCUCUGGUUUCUCCGGAGCGGCGGCUCGUCGGCCGUUUCUCCGGUGCUGCUGCUGAUGAUGAGGAUGAGGAUGAGGAUGCUGCUCUGCUCCCCUUGACUCCAGCUCAUGGCCCGUUACUGGACCUCUGCGCGAUGCACGCACUCACUGUCUACGGCCGAAAGCGUGGAAUAAUGAUGGAAAUUUUCUGUUUCCUGUGGAUGCUGCCGGCGGUGUGGGCUGUGGAGGAAGAACUAAUGGAUUCAACGACAGCGACGGCAGAACUGGGCUGGACCAUCUUCCCUUCACAGGGGUGGGAGGAAGUGAGCGGCUAUGAUGAGAACAUGAACACCAUCCGAACGUACCAGGUCUGCAACGUCUUUGAGAGCAGCCAGAACAACUGGGUCCGAACCAAGUACAUCCUGCGCCGCGGAGCCCAGCGCAUCCACGUCCAGAUGAAGUUCUCCGUGCGUGACUGCAGUUCCAUACCCAACGUCCCUGGCUCCUGCAAGGAGACCUUCAACCUCUACUACUAUGAGUCUGACGCGGACACAGCGGCUAAAUCCUUCCUGCCCUGGAUGGAGAACCCCUGGGUCAAAGUGGACACCAUCGCAGCCGAUGAAAGCUUUUCUCAGGUCGACCUCGGCGGUCGCAUAAUGAAGAUCAACAGCGAAGUUCGUAGUUUUGGACCCGUGUCACGAAACGGCUUCUACCUGGCCUUCCAGGACUACGGGGCCUGCAUGUCCCUCAUCGCUGUACGCGUCUUCUACAGGAAGUGUCCCAGUGUGGUCCAGAACGGGGCCUUGUUUCCUGAGACCCUGUCCGGAGCAGAGAGCACCUCCCUCGUGGCGGCCCGAGGCGUUUGUGUACCCAAUGGGGAGGAGGUGGAUGUUCCCAUCAAGCUGUACUGUAACGGGGACGGGGAGUGGAUGGUCCCCAUCGGACGCUGCAUGUGCAAAGCUGGUUAUGAGGCGGUGGACAACGGCACAGUCUGCAGAGCCUGUGCGUCAGGCUUCUUUAAGGCCACUCAGGGAGACCACAAGUGUCUGCAGUGUCCCAUCAACAGCCGAACCACCAGCGACGGAGCCACCAGCUGCGUGUGUCGCUCCAACUACUACCGCUCUGAGUCCGACCCGCUUCAGAUGCCCUGCACCACUGUUCCGUCAGCUCCACGGAACGUCAUCUCCAUCGUCAACGAGACGUCUCUGCGGCUGGAGUGGAGUCCUCCCCAGGAGGCCGGCGGCCGCGACGACGUCGUCUACAACAUCAUCUGUAAGAGCUGCGGCGGCGGGCGGAGCGGCUGCACGCGCUGCGGGGACAACGUGCAGUUCGUGCCCCGUCAGCUGGGCCUGACCCACACCGGCGCCCACAUCAGCGACCUUCUGGCCCACACCCAGUACACCUUUGAAAUCCAGGCAGUCAACGGUGUGUCGGACCAGAGCCCGUACUCGCCGCAGUACACGUCGGUCAACAUCACCACCAACCAGGCCGGUGAGGCCACGCGGCAGUGGACGCUCAACGCCGGCGAUGUGACGCCUCUAACGCUGCUGCUCACUCUGUUCCCAGCGCCGUCGGCCGUGUCCAUCAUCCACCAGGUCAGCAGGACGCCGCACAGCAUCAGCCUGUCCUGGUCCCAGCCGGACCAGCCCAACGGAGUCAUCCUGGAUUAUGAGCUGCAGUACUAUGAGAAGAACCAGGCGGAAUGGAACUCCUCUCUGAGCAGGAGUCAAACUAACACUGCUGUGAUUCGAGGCUUGAAGCCUGGAACAAUCUACGUGUUUCAGGUUCGAGCUCGAACUGUCGCUGGAUUCGGACGCUUUAGUGGAAAAAUGUACUUUCAGACUAUGACUGAAGAGGAGUAUGACUCCAGCAUCCAGGAGAAGCUGCCCCUCAUCAUCGGCUCAGCCGUCGCAGGGCUGCUCUUCAUUAUUGCCAUCGUUGUCUUGGUUAUUGUCUGCCGCAGCAGGAGAAGUUCAGACAGAACCGAGUCAGACUACACAGACAAAGUCCAGCACUACACCAGUGGCCACAUGUCUCCAGGGAUGAAGAUCUACAUCGACCCGUUUACGUACGAAGACCCCAACGAAGCCGUGAGGGAGUUCGCCAAGGAGAUCGACAUUUCCUGCGUCAAGAUCGAACAAGUGAUAGGUGCAGGAGAGUUUGGUGAGGUCUGCAGUGGGAAUCUCCGGCAGCCUGGGAAGAGGGAGAUGCUUGUGGCCAUUAAGACCCUGAAGGCAGGUUACACGGACCGGCAGAGGCGGGACUUCCUCAGCGAGGCCUCCAUCAUGGGCCAGUUUGAUCAUCCUAACAUCAUCCAUCUGGAGGGAGUGGUGACCAAGAGCAGCCCAGUGAUGAUCAUCACCGAGUUCAUGGAGAAUGGAUCCCUCGACUCCUUCCUCAGGCAAAACGACGGCCAGUUCACGGUGAUCCAGCUCGUGGGGAUGCUGCGCGGCAUAGCAGCAGGAAUGAAGUACCUCUGUGACAUGAACUACGUCCAUCGAGACCUGGCCGCACGGAACAUCCUGGUCAACAGCAACCUGGUGUGCAAAGUGUCCGACUUUGGCCUGUCACGCUUCCUAGAGGAGGACACUUCAGACCCCACCUACACCAGUGCUUUGGGAGGGAAGAUUCCGAUCCGAUGGACGGCUCCAGAGGCUAUUCAGUACAGGAAGUUCACAAACUCCAGUGACUGCUGGAGCUACGGCAUCGUCAUGUGGGAGGUGAUGUCAUAUGGAGAGAGGCCCUACUGGGACAUGAGCAAUCAGGAUGUCAUCAACGCCAUAGAGCAGGACUACAGGUUACCGCCCCCCAUGGACUGUCCCAGUGCUCUGCAUCAGCUGAUGCUGGACUGCUGGCAGAAAGACCGCAAUAACCGGCCCAAGUUCAGCCAGAUCGUCAGCACCUUGGACAAGCUGAUCCGUAACCCAACGAGCCUCAAAGCCAUGACUCCGCUGUCGUCGAGCGUUCACCUACCUCUGCUGGAUCGCAGCGCUCCAGACUUCUCCUCCUUUAGCACAGUGGACGAGUGGCUGGACGCCAUCAAGAUGAGCCAGUACAAGGAGAACUUCACCAACGAGGGCUUCACCGCUUUUGAUGUGGUGUCUCAGAUGACCAUGGAGGACAUCCUCAGGGUGGGGGUGACGUUAGCCGGCCACCAGAAGAAGAUCCUGAACAGCAUCCAGUCUAUGAGAGCCCAGAUGAACCAGAUCACGUCGGUGGAGGUGUGAUCUUUCCAGGGAAUCCAGCUUCUACAGGAGCCCCUGAUAAGGAACUGUCCGAUCUCAGUCAACCCUAACACCUCCAGACUCUCUCUAGACGCUUCAUGCGUGUGUCUGGGUAACAGCACACGUUGCAUCACAGCAGCUGCAGACGUGUCAGAGUCCAUCUGAGGAUCCCACUGUGUGACUGUGGCAGGAGGCAGGAGCUCGACUCCAUGGUUUCUAGGCAGCAGGUUGUUUCUGUCAUGGUCUCACUCUUUAGAAGCAACCUAUAAACUAACUAAGAAGUAACCUAUAAAAUGGAAACUACAAGAUGAUCAAGAUCAGCUAUGCUCAUUUUGAAUUUGAUCCCAUUGACCUGGUAAAAAACACUAGAACAGGGUCAAACUCAGUUCUGAGUCCAGAGCCUUAAAAAUGGCAAAUGAAACAAAACUCAGUACGAUCGAGAAAUGAAAUAGAAACUAUAGUAUCUUUUGACAAGAGUCAAACAAUUUCCAAACAAUUUUUAUCCAUGAUUAUAUCAGGAUCAUAUCAGGGUGCAGCCACAGUGUCUGUGUGCUUUGCUAAUGCUCCUACAGUAUGCUUUAUAUGAGCCACAUUAUGAAGACAUGACAAAGACUGCAGAAACAAUCGUCCCUUCUCCAGUGAUGCAACAUUCUGAACAUUGGAGAUUGACCUUUUCAUUAGUUUUAUUCCAUUCGUUCAUUUAUUCAGGUGCUGGUUGACUCUGCACCUUUAGGAUUAGAUGAGACAAACCUGAUUCAGGACCCAAGUCUACAUCCCUCCCACCUGAUGAACCCUGGACUCACUCACACUCUUCUGCUCCUGUAGCCAACGUAUGGGCCUCUAUUGUGUUACAUGUCGACUGUAGAACUACUUUAAUCUGUGAAACUGCUGUGCUCAACCUUCUAUUGAGAUGUAAAGCAUGAACCACGCGUAGUGUAGCCUCCACGGACACGAGCCUCAGCUAUGAUGUUGGUGAGUGUGCGAAACGUGGUUCAAAGGCGGUUCAGCUGCAACAGUGGCUUCACUCACUCACGGUACAGAGUUCCAGUGGUUCUACAGAACCGGUGCUGCCCUCUCAGGAAGCUCUGGGCGCCUGUCGACUUUUAGAGAAGCAGAUGCAGAUAAAUCUGUGUGUCACAGGAAAGGUGACAUGUUAUACCUCAUCCACUGCGGCAGCAGCGACCUGCUCACGUUCACACGGGCUCCCACUGAAGCACAGAUCAGCUCGUCCUGAUGAAGGUGAGGCUCGUGUGGACCGUGAUGCUGCUUCAUCCAAGGACGCUCACUUCUCUUUAAUUCCUCCAAUCAGACAAAGUGGGACCUGCAGCGGAGGCCACGCUGGUUGACCUACACUGGACUUUAGGGAAAUGCACUGAAGUGCUUUACUUGUACAAUAGCAACUUGUGCAUGUUAAUGUUUGAAUAUACGUGUUUGAUGGACUGUGAACUUGCACUAGACUCACUUAUACAUGCUGCACAUGGAGCUUCCCGUUACACAGCUGUCUGCAUUUUUUUUCUAUGACGCAGUCGAAACCAAGGUGCUUCCACUUAACGUUUUCUGUUAAUAUUACCUAAACAUGCUCAGAUCUCCAGUGGAAGUGCUGACGUAUGUGUUGUAAGCUUCUUUCUAUGUUUCACAGAGACAUUGUACGGUCAUGUGUUUGCCCAGGCAGCACCUUCAGGUUCCUUCUCUACCUGCUACUAUAACUCUGUGGAGCUGAAGAAACAGGUUCCAGGUGGAACUCUGACCCUGACAGCAGCUAACAUCACCUCAGGCAACAGGCUGCAACUAGUCUGACUCUGAACCUUAGUGGUUGAGAGCGCAUUAGGGACCUUUGACCUUUGGUUCUUCCGUGACUCGUGGUCUGAAAACAGACACUGUUGAGCCUGAUCAGGUGUUUUAUAGUCUGAAGGUCAUCAAUGCCAAAUAAAAGCGAGUCUCCCUCCAGUGUUUCGGUUCUAUGCAACAUCGGCCCCUUUACCUCACGCUCUUCCUCUCUGGUGGCCCUGAAAACCUUUGUACUUUUCAUUUCUUGGACAGUUUGUGGUCCAAAGCACACGGGACACGGGCCAGUGGUUCUGGACGGGUCGCCCACAGCCAGACCCCACACUCCUCAACUGUGAUCUCACUUGUACCUUUAUCUAUUUGAUCUUUUCUGUAUAAAUGUACAGUAUAUUUGAUGUAAACCUGUGAAUUUGAAUUAUUUGUACUGUUACUGGUUUAUUUUGUAAGAAAACAACAAAAUGAAGGUUAAAGAAAGAGAAGAACACAACAAACUCAGUUUUUGUAGUAACUGUCUUAAAUAAAAAACAAAAUCAUGCUGAA